AUGACCAGCAUCGAAAACCUUCCCGAGAUCGGAUAUGCAUUUCUCAAAACCUAUUAUCAAAGGAUGCAUCAGGAUCCAUCCAAGGUGCAUCAUUUGUACUCAACCACUGCGGAGGUGACGCAUGUGAAUUACCAAAGUGAGUGGAAUACGAAUGAUGAGCAACUGCCUACAGUCAAACUCAUCGGCAAGGAAAAUAUCAGCAAAUUUUAUACCAGACACAGCAAAAAAGUGCGGUCAAUUCAGGUGAAAAUCGACACUUGUGAUUUCCAAUCUGCCGGAGCUAACAAUUCAAGCAUUCUGAUCCUAGCUGUGGGAGAGAUGUGUUGGUCUAAUACCCCAUCUUUCCGGUUCUGCCAAUCGUUCCUGCUUGCUCCAGUUCCGAGCAACCCGAAAAUCUAUGAUCUCACUAAUGACAUCCUACAUUUCAUUCCCCAGCCCCUACUUGAGCUUGGUAGAUUAACGACGGAGAGAACCGAAGAUACUACUUCAAAGCAGGCCGCGGAGAACACAAAGGCGCCGGAAAAUAAAGAGCAGGAGACGUUAGUCGAAGCGCCAAUUGCUCAGAAACCUCAAGAACAGGAAGUAAAAGGGGCAGACAAAAAAUCUGAACAAUCGAAAUUAGUCACUGUCGAAGUACCGGCGAAGUCAUCCAAAAAUACAGAGUCGGAAAAAGAAGCAUCAAGAACAGAGCAUAAAAAACCUGAACCUGCCCUCAAGACCGCCAUAGAAGAGCUAAAUAUCAAAGAAUUUCCAGAAAAGCUAGAAGACUCGUCGGCGGCGAACGGAAAACUGCCACAGCAGUCUGGAGAAGAUGAAACAGUGACCGAGUCGAAAGAAGCGGUUUUCUCCAUAAGUAACGAGACCACGAAUGACGAGACUCUAGAGACCACGAAUAAUAAGACGGUUGAGACCGAAAGGCCCUCCACACCGGAACCAGCCAAAAAAAUGAACUGGGCAUCCAAGCUAGCGGCUUCAGAGUCGAAGGACGUUCCCAAUGUGGUCACCAAAUACAUACGCGCAGAGCCAGAUGCUGCGCAGCCGCCUAAAAAGAUCUCUGACAGAAAAUCGGUGUCGCCUAGUGGUAUACCACGGGAAGGAAGAGAAGGCAAAAACCUGAAAAAGAAGCAGUUUAACUUCGUCAAUAAAGAUGGCUACUACCCAGUGUACGUCAAGGGCACUGGAGGUGUCACCGAUGACCAAUUGGUCAGGGCACUCGAAAGUGAGUUUGGAGUGGUGAGAAAAAUUUCAUCGCAAGAGACUUUUGCGGUCGUAGAUUUCGAAGACCAGCGUUGUCAAACGGAAGCAAUCGAAAAAGGCACUCUAAAAGUUAACAACGUCGAAGUUCACAUGGAGCCCAAGACAAUACGUAAAUCCAGUCCGUUUUCCGCAGCGGCUUCCACGCCUGCCUCGGGGCAGCGCUUCAGCAAAAAGCACGUCAACAAGAAGAAAGCUUGA